UAAAAGAGCACAUUUCUAUUAAAUGUGUCUGUUCAAUGCAUACUAUUUCAUAACAUUUCUUUUUUAAAGUUUCAACCAGCCAAAAAAUGUCGCUAAAAUUAAAUCUUAUAGCUGCAGUAUGUGAAAACAUGGGUAUUGGAAAAAAUAAUGAUUUACCAUGGAGAUUAAAAUCGGAAAUGGCUUAUUUUACACGAAUGACCUCCGAAAGUAAAAAUAAUAAGAAAAAUGUUGUUAUCAUGGGUCGAAAAACUUGGGAUAGUAUUCCACCUAAAUACAAACCAUUAAAUAACAGGAUUAAUUUUAUUUUAUCCAGAUCUAAUGUUUAUCUUGAUGGAUAUAAAGAUUGUUUUGCAUUUAAGAGUUUAGAUGAAGCUAUUGAUAAGUUAAAUAACAAGGAUUAUCAGAAGAUUUAUGAUAAUGUUUGGGUUAUUGGUGGUAGUUUAAUUUAUAAAGCUUCUAUGGCCAACAAAUAUUUUUAUAGAUUGUAUUUAACAGAAAUUAAAAAGCAGUAUGACUGUGAUACUUAUUUUCCAAAGUUGAAUGGUAAUUUAAAGGAAGUAAAAGAUGAUUGUGUUCCUGAAGAGGUUCAAGAAGAAAAUGGGAUAUCUUUUGUAUAUAAAAUUUAUGAGAACAUUGAUUAUAAAGAAGAAUAAAUCUGUAUUUUUUUUAUUAA